CUUAUUAGUUACAGUUCCUAGUAUCUUCUAUAGGCAAACUGGCGAAGUAUCUGAUUCUCUCUUGCUCACAGCUCAUGCUAACGACUAAUUCUCAACGGCGAAAAUCGGUACUUGACCAAUUACAACUACUCGCCGGCGUUUCACAUCAUUUCUUCAUCGGAAAACUUCAACAGUAGUCGGAGCAACUCUCCAAUUUGAUCCAGCUGAAGAAUCUCUAAAUAUGGUAGCUAGAUUCAUCACAAGCAGUCUAAAUCGAAUACGAAAAACCUACUCAAUAUCACCAACUAUCAGUAGGCACAAUUACGAUUUCACUCCUCUAUAUGUAUCUCUGAGUUUCUAAUUCGGUGCUGACGAUUCAGCUACACGUGUUGUGAAUCCGAGUUUCAUGCUUCACAAUAUAUGGCAUACGGGCGAUUCAUAUUCUCAUCAUCAUGUCCAUCAUGACGUCCGCUCCGGUAUGACGGAGAGAAGAUUUUCUGGCUUGGACUUGCUGCUGAUAUUGGCCUUGCCGCCAGAAAAGCUUUUACAGGUUAAGUAUGUGGAAGCACCGCCAUUAUUGCUGAUGCGGCUCAUUCUAUCUCCGAUGUGGUUCUGUGUGGUGUGUCAUUGCUGUCCUUUCAAGCUGCAAGGGUUCCCAAGGACAAAGAACAUCCAUGUGGUCACUCUUAAUUUGUCAUGUAAAUAUGAGACUCUUCGAGCUCUUGGAAUUUCUGGUGUGCUGUUGGCUACUGCUGGUGGCAUAGGAUGGCAUGCUUUAGAUGUUUUGCUGGGAUUGUGGUCUGCAGCCUCUGAAGUUGUUAAUCAGUCAAUGACUCCUCUGCACGUGCAUGAGCAACAUCAUCAUGGAAUUGAUAUGGAUCACCCUAUCCUUGCUUUGAGUGUGACAAUACUCUCUAUAGCUGUCAAAGAAGGGUAAGAUUCAUUUUCACCUUCAAUUUGAAAAUUAAAAGAAUUUGUUCCCUUUUCUUUAUGUAUCCAUAUACAUAUUACCUUCAAGCAAUUUUAUUUUUAUGAAAGAGAGUUUCUUUGUAUUGAUUUAUUUUUUAUGAAAGACAGUUUAUUUGUACACCAUCAACGAAUUUCCAUGACCAUAUUCCAGACACCAUCAACUGUAUUUUAUGUUAUGAAAUGCAGUUGCUUUAUAUUGAUUACAAAAGCAAUAAUGAAGCUUCUAUACUUUCUCUCAGAUGCGCGGUAGUAUAGCAGCUUCAUUAAUGAAGCAAAUAAUGAAUCUGUGAGUUUGUUCCUAUAUAUAUGUUCAACUUUUUUCUUGUAGAUCAUACUGGAUAACAAAAAGAGAGGGAGAAAGGGUUGGCAGUGGGUUAAUUGAAGCCAAUGCCUGGCAUCUGCCGAUGC